AUGAGAGCACUAUUCUCACGACGCAGUUCUCUACUGCAUCGCAUACUCAAUGUGUUAGGGAUCGUUGCCACGGUAUGGACGGUAGUGGAGGUGCUCUAUGUCCGCACAGCUCUUGUGCGGGAAUCAUCCGUUACUCCUCCAGCCCUCGGCGACGAACGUAUCUUCAUAGCCAGCAUCCACUGGACGAACGAAGCCAUUCUACGAGCGCAUUGGAACAAGGCUGUGGUGGAGCUAGCGAAUUCGAUCGGUCCUAGCAAUGUCUACGUCAGUGUGUACGAGAGUGGAAGCAUGGACGAUACGAAAGGAGCAUUAAGAGACUUGGAUAAGGACUUGGGUCUCGCCAAGAUCCCGAGAACGAUUGUAUUGGAUGCUACGACACAUCAGCAUGAGAUUAGCAAGACUCCCUCAGAGACGGGCUGGAUCAGGACACCAGGAGGCCAGCUGGAGUUGAGGAGGAUACCCUACCUUGCGAGGUUGCGGAAUAUUGCUAUGGAGCCAUUGGCAAAGCUUGGAGAAAAGGGCAUAAAGUUCGACAAGAUCUUGUUCUUGAAUGAUGUGGUUUUCAAUACUGAGGAUGUACGGACUUUGUUGGCUACUCGAGAUGGAGACUAUGCUGCAGCAUGUUCGCUGGACUUCAAGAACGGCCAUUCGUUUUACGAUACUUUUGCUUUGAGAGAUUCACAAGGCCAUGAACAAGUCACGCAGUCGUGGCCUUUCUUUCGAUCGGCAUCUUCGCGACAGGCGCUCAAAGCCAGCAAACCCGUCCCUGUGACCAGCUGUUGGAAUGGCAUUGUGGCUAUGGAUGCUGAGCCCUUUUAUGCGCACGAAGCCCCUCUGAGAUUUCGCGGUAUCUCGGAUAGCCUGGCCGAGUACCAUCUGGAAGGCUCAGAAUGCUGCUUGAUACACGCCGAUAAUCCUAUGUCUCGGUCGAAAGGUGUCUGGCUAAACCCGAAUGUGCGCGUUGGAUACACGGUUAACGCUUACAACAACGUGCACGCAUCCAGAGGGUCGCCGUGGAUCUCUGCAUUCUCGGUCGCUUUUGGUUCCUGGUCGAACCGCGUUCUCCGCUGGACAACGACGCCGUGGUUCAAAGAGCGCACAGUGAGGGCCCGUGUACGAGAAUGGGGUCGGAAGUCGUCGCGCAAUGUGGGAAGUGGCGAAGAUGUUUGCCUUAUCAACGAACAACAAAUCCUGAUAUCCAAUGGUUGGAAGCAUGUGUAG